GUAGUUUUCUGCCACUUAAUGCUAACAGGAAAAAAAUCCCGACUCAUCUGCUUGAGGAGAUUCUGUUGUGGUGUAUCCAAUGGCUGUUCCUGCACCAGGAGGUGAAGGAAAUAAUGCACAACAUGGAAGACUUAUUUUUUUCCUUUUUGUUUUUGGAGCUGUGUUGCUUUGCGCUGGAUUCCUGCUUUCAGUCUUUAUUCUACAGUCGUACCCAUCUGGAACCUUCAGUGACUGUAACAAGGUCCUGAAGGCUGCUGGGCCUGUGCUGGCUGUAGCUGGACUUGUUUGUGUUUUACUGGCACAAUCAAAAGCCAGGCUGUAUAUAAGACAAAGACAAUUGCAAAAUGAGCAGGUGUACAGCCUUGUUUUUUGUCAUGGAAGCUGUCAGUUUGCCCAGUUUCUCAUAUUUGGAUUCCUGUUUUUAACUAGUGGAAUGCUAAUUAGCAUCCUGGGCAUUUGGGUUCCUGGCUGCAGCACCAGCUGGCAGAGCGUGCAGCUCAACCACACUGGCAGUUCUGAUGUGGACCUCCAGGGCUGUGGAUUCCUGUCACUUCAAAUCAUGGGACCUUUGAUUGUGCUCACUGGGUUGUGUUUCUUCGUGAUAGCUCAUGUUAAAAAGAAACAAAACUUAAAUCUCAACCAAGAAUCUUGUGAAAAUGAAGAACACCCGCAGAGCCCUGAAUCUUUUCAGGUUACAGUAGGUGAUGCUGUAAUGGUAUUCCCACCUCCACCACCUCCUUAUUUUGCUGACCCUGUGUCACCAACAGUGACACGUUGUCUUAUGUCAAGUGGUUUGCCAGCAAGUGAAAAUCCUCCACCAUACCACUCCAUCUUCAGCAAUGGAGCACAGCUUGCAGAUGAUGAAAGAACAGUUGCUGUUAGAGACUAUGAAACCAUAUGUACAACUUCUGGAAGCAGCUCACCUUCAGAUAUUUUACCGAUGCUAUACCUCUCCUCUGAAUCACCUCCAAAAUAUGAAGAAAAAGCAUCAACAGCAAAUAAUGAAUAUUCAUCAUCAUCUUCUUCGUGUUCUUCAUCUAUUUCCUUAGCGACAUCUGACACCAGCUCAUAGAGGACUGUCAG